AUGCUCAAUGUCAUGGACCGGAAUGAGGUUUCACCGGCGUCUGCUGCCACCAUGAAAAAGAAGGCGGUGAGUGGCAAUGGAUGUAGCCACAUCAGCGCACCAAAGGCUGCUGCGUCCAAAUGCACGAGAAGUAACAGCACCCAGAACUGCCUGGACUCCGGUUCUCCCGGUGCACCGAGCGGUAAGCAGCCCGGUGCAGCCAACAACGUCGUGAUGGACGAGACGGAGGACGGAGAAGAGGAGUCCAAGUUUCAGCAUCCGCGAUUGCGCCGAGCCGGGGGGAGCGGCAGCGGCGGAGGUGGAGGAGGAGGAGGCGGCAGUAUCAGGAUGAAGAACUUUACGCCAGGAGGGGGAGCCGCGUCCUCGGGUUCCAGGAGAAAUUCAAACAAGGAGCCCUGCCAUACGCACACAGAGGACGCUCCUGCUGCUCCACGGCCCACUGCUGCCUCCAGAGCUACCGAGACCCAGACACCCUUUCCAGGCGAUGCUGCCCAGCGCAGCGAGACCAGCAGAGCAUCUGGGGCGGAGGCGUCGGCUUCAACGGUCGUGGUAGAGUUUUUAAACGCGACAGCGGGUGAUGGUUGCAGAAGCGUCGCUCCAAUUUCCAGCAUGAAAUGCAACAAAAACGGAGAAUGCAGGAGGGACUCGGGUACCGGGAGCCUGCGCUCAAUCAUCUCCAAGCAGGAGAAGCAGACAGGAGGGUCGGGGAGGGCCGAGGACGGAGGGAGCGCCAAGCGAGGAGCCCGUAACUCGACCACCGCCAGCAUGGACGGCUCAAUUACACCAGGCGGUUCCCUGACCGGGGGGCACGGAGGAGAGAGCACAAACCCUGGCACUACCCCCGUGUCUAGCGGUUUCCCCGAGAAAAGGGACUCAAAGGUGUCCUUCUCUAACGCGCCAAGCCGGAAAGCCUCGUCCUCGCUGCACGGCCCGACUCAGACUCAGAACCAGCAGCCCAGGAACUCUGUCACUUUCCAGAAGCCGGAGGAUGGACCGCCAAUUGUGCCCGCAGAGGAUGCUGAGCCUGAGGGCAGCCAAGCAAACUUCAUGCAGCGGCAGUUUAGUAGUAUGCUGCAGCCUGGAGUUAACAAAUUCUCCUUACGCAUGUAUGGUAGUCAAAAAGCAGUGGAGAGAGAACAGGAGAGGGUAAAAUCAGCUGGAAAUUGGAUUAUCCACCCUUACAGCGAUUUCAGGUUCUACUGGGAUUUCACAAUGCUGCUGUUUAUGGUGGGCAACUUGAUCAUCAUACCCGUGGGCAUCACCUUCUUCAAGGACGAGACCACGACGCCCUGGAUCAUCUUCAACGUGGUGUCCGACACCUUCUUCCUCAUGGACCUGGUGCUCAACUUUCGCACUGGAAUCAUCAUUGAGGACAACUCGGACAUCAUUUUGGACCCUGAAACCAUUAAGAAGAAGUACUUAAAAACGUGGUUCAUUGUAGAUUUUGUCUCCUCCAUCCCAGUGGAUUACAUAUUCCUCAUAGUGGAGAAAGGGAUCGACUCGGAGGUGUACAAGACUGCUCGGGCCCUGCGGAUCGUCCGCUUUACCAAGAUCCUAAGUCUUCUGAGGCUGUUGAGGCUCUCCAGAUUAAUACGCUACAUUCACCAAUGGGAAGAGAUCUUCCAUAUGACUUAUGACCUGGCCAGUGCGGUGAUGCGGAUCUUUAACCUGAUUGGUAUGAUGCUGCUGCUGUGUCACUGGGAUGGCUGCCUACAAUUCCUGGUUCCCAUGCUGCAGGACUUCCCCUCAGACUGCUGGGUGUCCCUCAACAAGAUGGAGAAUGAUACAUGGUCAGAGCUGUACUCCUUUGCCGUAUUCAAGGCAAUGAGCCACAUGCUGUGCAUCGGUUAUGGUCGGCAGGCCCCGGAGAGUCUAUCAGAUAUCUGGCUCACCAUGCUGAGUAUGAUUGUAGGAGCUACUUGUUACGCUGUCUUCAUUGGCCAUGCAACAGCUCUUAUCCAGUCCCUGGACUCCUCCAGACGCCAAUAUCAGGAAAAGUACAAACAAGUGGAGCAGUAUAUGUCCUUCCACAAGCUGCCUUCAGACUUCCGACAGAAAAUCCAUGACUACUAUGAGCACAGAUACCAGGGGAAGAUGUUUGAUGAGGAGAGCAUUUUGGGAGAACUCAGCGAGCCCCUCAGAGAGGAAAUUGUAAACUUCAACUGUCGCAAGCUGGUGGCCUCCAUGCCGCUGUUUGCCAACGCAGAGCCGAACUUUGUGACGGCCAUGUUGACCAAGCUGCGCUUUGAGGUAUUCCAGCCGCAUGAUUACAUUAUAAGGGAAGGCACCAUUGGGAAGAAAAUGUACUUCAUUCAGCACGGAGUCUGCAGCGUCAUCACUAAGGGCACUCUGGCAAUGAAACUUUCUGACGGCUCUUAUUUUGGAGAGAUCUGUUUAUUGACGAGGGGUCGGCGGACAGCCAGCGUGCGAGCAGAGACUUACUGUCGGCUCUACUCCCUUUCUGUUGACCACUUCAAUGAGGUGCUGGAAGAAUAUCCAAUGAUGAGACGCGCCUUCGAGACUGUUGCCAUCGAUCGUCUAGACCGCAUAGGUAAAAAGAACUCCAUCCUGUUGCACAAGGUUCAGCAUGAUCUAAACUCUGGUGUCUUCAACAACCAGGAGAACGAGAUGAUCCAGGAGAUAGUCAAGUACGACCGUGAGAUGGUAAAGCUGGUGGACCUGCAGCGGCCGCGGGCCAUGUCUAUGACCCCGUCCAUCGGUGGUAUCUUUGCUCCCCCUGGCCAGUCGCAGUCAGGCUCUGCUAUCGCCACUCUUCAGCAGGCAGUGGCCAUGAGCUUUUGUCCUCAAAUGGCGAGCCCCCUGGUGGGUCCAGGGACUCUGCAGUCUCCUCGCAUGGUGCGAAGGUUUCAUGUGAUGCAGAGCCUGGCCAGCCCAGUCGCUAUGUCUCCUCUUCAGUCUCAACCCCCCCAGACGCUCGGAGGGGCGUUUGGUUCUGCAAUCUCUAGCCCGCCUGUCCAAAGUCCGCUCGCAGCUUCAGGACGGACUUUCCAGUACAUGGCGAGCGCGGGACCCUCUGGCUCUCAAUUGUCCCUAGUACAGCACCAUGCACCCAGCCCAACACACAUCCAGCAGAGGCCUGCCUCACACAAAAGCACCCACUCUCUUCAUGCAGGUAGCUUGAGCCAGGAUACCCGGGCCAGGUCUGCAUCCCAGCUUUCACUCCCCCAGGAGGCAACACCACAAGCUGCUUCUGCAGUCCCCAGUCCUCCACAAUCAACCCACACCUCCAACAACUCCAUCGGCCCCCCUCAGCCCCUUCACCCCAACCUGCCAGGGCCCUCAGGAGUGGGAAGAUCGGCAGGAGCUCAACAGAGGGUGGCCUUUGCCUCCACACCCCCUCCUGUGGGAUCUGCUGGAAUGGGGGCAGUAGCAGCAGCUGCUGGAUCAGGACCUCCAGACUCUGGAGUUCCCAAGAAAGAUUCAAUUGUCAGCCUUCCAGAGCUAGACUCUGCCAGAUCCAGGCUGUCUUCCAACUUGUGACCCUGGUAGAGUUCAGGAAAGAGGCCUUUUUUGUAGGAAAAUCGGUUUGUUUUAGGUCAGUCCAGCUGAUUUGUCAGCCUGCUAAAUGACCAAUCAGCUACCGCCAGCGCCAGCAGUCAUUCGACCAGGAUGCACUGUGUGCUGGUGUCAGCAGAAGGAAAAGAGCAACUCAAAGUCUUGAGACACUUGGCUAGGAGGAGUCUAUACAAUUAAACUAGUAUAACUUAAGGUUGAACUGGCCUAGUCUACUGUGCCAGCACCUUUAGUCUUAGUAUCACCCUUAACACUCUGCUUCCAAACACCUACUGUAUAUCGCUGUCUUUACUGUAAAGAUUUGAAGAAAAGUAAGAUUCAUGUAACUAUUGCAUACUGUGUAGAAUCCAUGCAAUGCAAUCUAGCAGGAGCUGGACUUAAAAAUGAAAAUCAGGGACUUGAGGUCAAAUGACAAUGACAUUUUAAGCGUUCAAAAAGUGUUUUGAGUGUAAUUUUUCCGUAUAAGCUGUCGUAGCAAAAGAACACAUUGCUCUUCAUAUUGUUUAAAAUAGUAGUGAAAAUAGUGUUUUAGACCGCUGGUCGAUCUUACAUCGAUGUGUAAAUAGUUGAUGAAAAAAGUACGGAGGAAUAUUAUAUUCAUUGUAUCUACUCAAACCAAAGUUGAGCUUGAACACAAAGUCUGGUUGUGUCUGUAUCAACUAAAAAAGAAACAUAGAAGAAAAUGCCAUUUAUUUAACUGCCUUGAUUCAACGUUAGAAGCCAUAUAUUUGGUUUGUGUGUAUGUAUAUAUGUGGGUGUAAGUUUGUGCGCGUGAGUUUGUUGGUACGUUUUGGUUCUAUUUUCAGAGAAUGGACUCACACACUCUACACUUGCUUUGUCAAACGCGAUUGGUUUGACAUGCUGACGGUGGCACUGACCUGUUUCCAUGAAACAUCUGGGAGGCGGUCAGAUGUUUGGUCAGCGCACUGAUUGUAACCCUGAAGGCAAAGGUGGUUAAAUAAUUUGAGUUUUAUUGAAAGGUAACAUUUGUGAACAACCCAUACUGUAUACUUGCUUGUUUUUGUCUAGGUUUAUUGAUUAACACAUGCAAUAUAAUUCUGCAAUACUCUACCCCCGCCUAUAUAUAAAUAUAUAUGAAUAUAAAUAUCUAUACAUAUGCUGUACAGGAAAGUUUUCCUUUUGUUUUCUUUUUAAUGUGAAAUCUUAAAGAAUCCAGCAGCUAUUGUGGCUUCACUUGAAGUAUUGUAAUCCAGUGACCAUGUUGUUACCUUAACCAAAAAUGUUUGGAGGGAAUGAGAGGACGUGCAGUUUCAUGUUCGUAAAAACAGACGGGACAAACUGCUUAAAACUGGUUUUAGAGUCACAGGAGGAAUCCACGCUUUGAGUUCAGCAAGUCAGAUCCUCAAAAAUGUCACUUUAAAACCCAUUUGAAGUCUAACCCUAAAUUGUAAAAUGAACGUGGGUGGGCAAUAUGGGUCAUGAAUGCCUCACUUGUAAAAACUCUUUGCUCCAUAUCAAAGUCUCUAUGUGCCCCGUGUCGGCCAAAACUCCCACGAAUGUCUCAACAUUUCGAUCUACAACAAACCUAUUGCUCAAAUUUCGGGAUAGGGUUGAGGCUUUGGUUUUAUUUGCUCUAAAUAUUCUGAUCCUGUUGAACCUAAAAGCCUUCUCUUGCUGAAUGUAUGCCAUACGAGAAGGAAGACAGCUAAUCAGAUAUAAACUGCCAUGUAAAUAAAGGGACAGAGGUUUAAAGAGGCUUUUAUGAUGCAAGGGGGUUGUGGGCAUUGUUGUAUGUGUUGCUGAGUGUCUGUGUGAUCUUUUUGGGGUUUGAUGAUGCUUCUCUGGGUAGAACGUUGCUGUAUUUUACCUGUAUGUUACCCCCCCC